UUUCAAUAUGGCUUUCGUAGGAGGGGCAGAGAGUGAAGUUCAAAAAUGGAAAGUUCCUGAGUUGAAAUCGUAUUUACAGAGCCGUGGAAUAACUGUUUCGCAAAAGAGAAAGGAGGAACUAGUAGAAUUGGUGGAGAAGGCUCGCGAUCUUUCACUGGAACCGAUAGACGAUUGGGAGAAACCGGAGGAUGUGAUAGUCAACAAGUUGCAGACGAAAGAAGGUUCGCUCCCCUGUCCUAACACGUUACACUCUGACUGGACUUCCGACUUUUCUGAUUUUCCGAACUUCACAUACGGUGAUAUGUACGCUUACUUAAUCAAUAAGGAGGGUUAUGACCACGAGUCUCUCAAGGCAUAUAAGUCGUUCGAAGGCUACCGCCUGUUCUGGGAUGGCCAUGUGUUAAAAUUGAUGAAGAACAAGAACUUGUUCAAUGGAUACCACUACGUUAAAUUUGGAGUAAAGCCAACGGAACGAGAGAAAACGCAAGUCGGACAGAAACCAACUUACGAUGGAUGGAUAAUAAUUCAGUCAGAUGGAUCAGUUUACACAGCGCAUUGCCCUUGUAUAGGAGGGGCUGAUGGUGCUUGCCGGCACAUUGGUGCCUCGCUUAUUGACCUUGAAGCUACACUGAGAGAAAAUGUUGUAAUAACUUGCACAGGGAGAAAGUGCACUUGGAAACAACGGAAGAGGACUCAUGAGGGCAUGACAAAAGGAUCAGCCAUGGAUUUUACAAAACCCACACUGAACAAAGAGAAAAAGAAGCGACUAAAACCAAGGUGUGAUACUUAUGACCCCAGAACUUCAUAUGAUACGAAUGUAAAUUUGGCUGAGAAUUUUAGAAAGCUUGUUGCUGAAACUGUUCCUUCAGCUGUAUUACUGCAUCUGUUACCUGACCCAGACACAUGUAAUGGUCAACAUCCUCAACUUGAUUCAGAAAAUGUAAAUGACAUAAGAGAGGAAAAUUCAAUUGUUACUACAUUUACAUUAGAUUCUUUAUCACCAAUGAAACCUUUGCCACCCAGUCUGGAUGAGAUUAAAGAAAGGGGCAAGGCAAUAAAAAGAAAACUUCAGUUUACAGAUGAUGAAAUUGAUGCAGUGGAAAAAAAGACAAAACUGCAGAGUGAUGCCAUUGACUGGUUUCAGUACAGAACAGGAAGAAUCACCGCUUCUCAUUGUAAACGUAUUGCAAGCUUGAAAUUAACCACAUCUCCAACUAAAGCUUUAAAGGAAGUUUUGAGUUACAACCAAGUGCCUUUAACAGCUGCCAUGAAGGAGGGCUUGGCAAAGGAGGAUGAAAUUGAACAGGCACUAAUAAAAUACAUGAAACAGAAUGGACAUUCUGAUAUAAAAGUCGAAAAGUGUGGAUUUGUCAUUAGCAAGACCCAUGGACAUAUUGGUGCCUCUCCAGAUAGAAUAAUAUAUGAUCAGUCUGAGUCUAGCCCAGGUGUGGUUGAGAUGAAAUUUCUUCAGGUGAAGUCAGGGGAAACCCUUGAAGAUAUUUUACUGAAACAGCAUAUUUGUAUAAAAAGAAGCAAUGGUAUAGCCCUUAAUAGAAAUCAUAAAUACUUUUAUCAACUACAUCAACAAAUGUUUGCAACAACGUAUCCCUGGGGCAUAUUUGUUGCUUGUGGCAGGGAUGGUGGUAUUUAUGUUGAGAAAGUGUUGUUUGAUCAAGAGUUUUGGUCUCCAGUGCUAGUUAAGCUGGAUUCAUUUUUUGACUCGGUCAUUUUACCAGAACUAGCUUUUCCAAAGGUUAAAUAUGGUCAGAACCGUACAGUGUUAUAUAGUACAGAUAAAUAAAUAUACAUAUAAUGUAGAAACUCAACUUCCAAAUAUGAACCUUUCGUGACAUUGAGCCUAUGUAAAUGCAUAACUAUUCCAUUUAUACCUAGUAUAGUAGCUACUGUAAGGGGUUACAUGCUCAUUGUUUUUUUUUAGUUCGAUCAAAAAUCAUAUGAUUUAUACAGACAUAAGAAAAUUAUUUAGACAUUUACUUUGAAACAAGAGGCUUCAUUAAGUUACACAGUGCUGCACAUACAAACACAGUCUGAUCAGCAACUGCAGCAAGGGUGAUAGGUAUCACACCACGUAAAAUUCGGAAACACUUGAGCCGCUGGAUUGCUCUUUCCACAUGUAUGCGAACUGCAGCUAUUCUCCUGGUUUUUGUACAUGCCUUUGUUGAAAGGGACUUCCCCUUUGCAAAGGGGGGAAUGUUUAAUGUGGCCUUUUUCUUUGUGACCAUAUCUCUAAUAUUGAAUCCUCUAUCAGCCAUCACAUCAUCUAGAGGUUCCAGCUUGUCUAUCAGUCCAGAUUUCUGAGUUAUAUUUCGGUCAGAGACCCCACCAGACCAAAGUUUAGAGACAAAUGUGAAGGCUCCAGUGGGUGAAAUACCAACCAAGAGUUUGAAAGUGUUAUGUGACUUGUAAUCACUCCAAGUAAUUUUCUGAGCUGAAGGUUGAGUGGACUUCUCUAUAAAAAACUCUGUACAGUCAAUAAUUACACGGGUCCGAGGAUACCUACUAAAGCUCUUAGGCAUGUGCUUUUGAAUUUGAACCUUUGCAGGCCAUAUUAUAAGAACUUCCUUAAAUACAUGAUACAAAAGAUUAAUCCAAGUUGUAAAAAUCUUGGAAACUGAACUUUGUGAAAUUGCAAAAAUGUCUGCCAGGUGACUCUGUAACAGUCCAAGCCUGAGUCUUAUAAGAACCAUUAAAAAUUCAGAAAAUAA